AUGCGAUCAUCCCCUUCAACACGCAAAGAGGCUGCGAAGCUCUUCUGGUCUAAUCCCGCGGUACGUUUUGUCAUCGAUGGCCCUUGGCUUCUUUCGGGCGGAUAUCCCGGCAUUACGUAUGCAGAUCUCGAGGCUUGCAAGUGUAUGCGGUACUUGUAUAUUGAAUUCUCUCAUACAUCGUCGAAUCUCGGCAGUGAAUGGCUUGACGGCGAGCAGCAGCACAUUAACUUCCGAGACGACGUUGAAGGACUAGCGAGCAGCUAUGAAGAACAUCAGAUCACUGAGUUUUGGAAGACACUUCGUCGACGUUUUCCCUGCGCUAAAGAUGUUGUGCUGGGCGCUGAGGGUAUCGAUGAAUCUGAUGCAAUAGUGUUUGAAGAGCUGAUACAGAUGGUCGGAAGAUGUCCAGAUGGUAUUUCUGCACGCCUAUCGCGCUUCUGUCCUGAUUCGCCGCUUACAUUUCGGCCCGUAUCAAGGCAGCUAUUCCAGCAAACCCACGCAGAUAGUAGUCGAUUUCCACUAGAGCUGACCAAUGCAUCAUGGUCACCACAACUGGUUUUGCCUCCAAUACAAAAGCGUUCUGGGCCAGUAGGUGCAUAUGAGCGUUGGCUUCAUGAUGGAGACCUCUACAACUACAUACAGAACGCUCGUAAGCUUCUCCUGAUACAGGCUAUCGAAGCAUACUAUCUACACACUCUCCAGGCUGCAUGCAUCUGUCCCUUCCCCAAUUGUGGCCGAAAAUUCGAGGAACCAGGCCAAUGGGCGUUACACUACGUUUCCAGCGACGAUAGCAUGCAUGUUCUUGGUCAGCCUUCCCCUCCAUGCGAGACGCUCUACGCUGCGUUCGCAGACCAUGAGAUACGUCUGAAACUCAUACUGGACCGACAUGAGGAAUAUUUGGACACGUUGCGAAAAGCAUGGGGCGAAGAGGGAAGCGAUCAGCGCUAUAUCGCCACACAAGAAUUCUUAGAGCAGCUACGGGAUGACCCGUUGUGUGCACGUCAGAAAGAACCAGAGGAAAGUCAAAUUUGGUUUGAAUAUCAGCUCGCCAUGAACGAUGGGUGGCACAAUUAUCCAGACAUGACCACAAGGCAGAGAUGGGGGGUGAAUAGAAUAUAG